AUGGCUGAACCUAUCGUGCAGACGAUCCAUAGGGAUCCUGCCUUGUUUUGGUGGAUUCUGCUCCCUAUCACGGUGGUCAUGAUCCUAACAGGUAUCCUUCGCCACUACGCGAUGACUCUCCUCCAAACGACCCCCAAGAAGCAAGACCUGCCUAAGAUCCGCCAACAACGAUCUCUCGCGCGCGGUCUCUCGCUACGUCAGAACGCUAAUGUUCUCUCUCCUGCUGCCUUCUCCGCCAGGAAGGCGUACAUGGUACAGGCGUACCAGGAGGGCAAGUUUUUGGCUGAGCCUGAGAUGAGGGGCAAGCCUAGACCAAACCCUAUGAGUGACCCUGCGGCUAUGGAGGGUAUGAUGGGCAUGAUGAAGGGCAACAUGGCAAUGAUGAUUCCUCAGACGUUGAUUAUGGGGUGGAUCAACGCGUUCUUCUCGGGGUUUGUUAUCAGUAAUUUGUCGUGGUACUUCCUCACCCUCUUUGGUCUGCAGCCAGUCUACAACUUCAUCCUUGGCAGUAACAAUGCCGCCAACCAGGUUUCACAGCAGAUGGGCAUGCAGAAUCCUGCUGCAGGCAUGAUGGGUCCUGAGCAGGAUCCGGAUAAGCUGUUCCUGGCAGAAGCCGAGAACCUGGAGGUCCUUGAGCACCGAUGGAUCCUUGAGGGAAUUGAGGAACGUCUAGUAGAGAAGUACGCCGUGUAG